AGGACAGAGACGCAUUUCCCCCAGAAUUCGCUCUGGGCUUCUUGCAAAACAAAAACCGCCCAAUACUACAGCACUUACCACUAUCAUGGCUGUUCUGUCCGAGUCCAGGUUGAGAAUCGCCAUCGGCUGCGACGACGCUGGCGUUCACUACAAGGACAAGAUUAAGCAAGACUUCGAAAAAGACCCUCGUGUAGUGCUCAUCGAAGACGUGGGAAGCUAUACAGGUGAUGACAAGACGGCUUAUCCCCACCGGGCAGCGUCUGCAGCAAAGCUUGUGGCUGAUGGCACCUGUGAUCGGGCGCUGCUCAUCUGUGGUACAGGGCUUGGCGUCGCCAUUACAGCAAACAAAAUCAAGGGCGUACGAGCAGUGACAGCGCACGAUAGUUUCUCGGUUGAGCGAGCCGUCUUGAGCAACAACGCCCAGGUCCUAUGUAUGGGCGAGAGGGUCGUGGGAUUGGAGCUUGCGAGGCGCCUGGCCAAGGAGUGGUUGGGGUACAGGUUCGAUCCGCAGAGCGCGAGUGCCGCCAAGGUGGAUGCUAUCGUGGCGCUGGAGAGCGAUUCCGACUGAAACAAAACAAUGUGAAUCGACUGAUACAGACUUGAGUAUGGAUGCAU